AUGGUGGACGAGCCGCCCGCCGGCGAUGACCCCCCUCGCACCCGUGCCACGGCCUCCUCCUCGCCUCAACGCCGCGGUGCCGACGCCGUCGCCAGUGUUGCCUCGCCGGACGACCCCGACCUCGUCGCCUCCGUCGUCUACCUCAGGCCCUCCCCGACCACGCGAUUGCACAACGACAGGCUCGAUGUGAGCCUCUUCCCGUCCCCUCUCGCGCCUUGGUCGCGCUCGCCGCGACCCACGUCCACCUACGCGCGCGCCCGCACUCACUCGGUGUGCUCGUGCCCCUCCCCCGCCGCCCUCCGCGUCCCCUGCUCGCCGCAGGCCCGGCACUGCCUCGCCACUGUCGCGUCGCCACCCUCUUCUCGCCUCAGCUCGCCGUCGCACCAGCACCUACGUGCCUCGCGCGCACGUGCUCCACCGCCCGCACGCCGCCCGACUCCCCCCGCUUCCGCCCGCAGCCCUCCCCCACUGCCGCGACGCCCCGCCUGGCCUCGCAAUUUCGCCGAGCCGCGCCUCACUGCACGCUCGUCGCCGCCAGCGCCUCUGACCGCGCGUCGCCGAACCACCCUUGAUCCUCGCAUCGCCGCCCCCUGCUACUAG